UCGGGCUCGAAGAUCAGAGGGUCAUGUGAAAAACUACUGCCUAUUUUCAGUUUUUGUGCAAAAUUACAGACAAUGCAUUCCGUUGUAUAUAUAUUUUGUAUUUUCGUUUUAUCAUUGUCUGUUUCAUUUUGUAUCAAAUAUGAUCCUAACUGGGCCUCCAUCGACUCGCGUCCCUUACCAGAUUGGUAUGAUGAUGCUAAAAUAGGGAUGUUUAUUAACUGGGGGGUGUACUCUGUUCCUAGCUACAGGAAUGAGUGGUUCUGGUACAACUGGAAGGGUCCCAAACCAGACCCUGAUACUGUCAGCUUCAUGGAGAAAAAUUACCCACCAACCUUUACCUAUGCUGAUUUUGCAGAACAGUUUAAGGCUGAAUUUUAUGAUCCUUUGAAAUGGGUCAAUAUCAUUGAAAAUUCUGGAGUGAAGUAUGUUGUACUGAGUACAAAACACCACGAGGGGUUCACCAUGUAUCCUUCUAAAUACUCUUUCAACUGGAACUCUGUAGAUGUAGGGCCUAACAAAGACCUCAUCAAAUACAUAUUUGCCUACCUAGCUGGCAGUGGUGUUCAUUUUGGAAUUUAUCACUCAUUGUUUGAGUGGUUUAACCCUCUGUAUCUCCAGGAUAAGGCCAACAACUACACAACACAGAAGUUUGUCAAGGAGAAAGGUAUGGCUGAGUUGUACGAGAUAGUAGAGAUGUAUCGCCCUGAUGUUGUCUGGUCAGAUGGAGACUGGGAGGCACUAAGCUCUUACUGGAAUGCCACACAGUUUCUGGCCUGGCUGUACAAUGAAAGCCCUGUCAAGGAUACAGUGGUUGUUAAUGAUCGCUGGGGCUCUGACUCCAGAUGUAAACAUGGAGGCUUUCUCUCCUGUGAUGACCGCUUCAACCCAGGAAAAUUACAAAAAAGAAAAUGGGAAAAUUGCAUGACCUUGGACCGUUACUCCUGGGGGUUCAGAAGAGACGCCAAAUUAGCUGAUUAUCUCUCCAUGGAGGAACUACUUGAACUUGUGCUUAAUACCAUUAGCUAUGGAGGAAAUAUUUUAAUCAAUGUUGGACCAACUCCAUAUGGCACAUUUUCACCCAUUUAUGAGGAGCGAUUCAGCCAGCUAGGGUCAUGGUUGAAGGUUAAUGGCGAGGGUAUUUAUGCUAGCCAGGCCUGGAUACACCAGAAUGACACCAUUACCCCAAAAGUCUGGUACACUGCACCAAAAGCAGAUAAGAAGGCAGCUUAUGGUUUUUUCAUGAAUUGGCCAGUAGAUAAUGAGCUUAUCCUAGGCUCAGUAAGUGGGGCUACUCUCUCCAAUGUAGCUUUGGUUGGAAGUAACAAGACUUUGACUUGGGAAAACAGUGGCUCUGGUAUCAAGAUAACCAUACCACCCCACAAUGUUCUGGAAAUGCCUUGUCUAUGGGCCUGGUCUCUGAAGUUCUCAUUUAAAUAAUUAUUCAUUAUGUAUAACUUCUUGAUCACUACUACAUUCCUGUAUUUGUAAUCAGUAAUUUCAUUAGGUGUCCAUUUGCAACAGAUUUCAACAUUCAAUUAAAAUUUCGGGAAAGGUAAUCACUGAAAGAUCCAAUAGGUUAAAUUCGUCUUUAAAAUAUAAAAUAUAAUUACAAUCCAUUGCCACUUAUAAAUACCUCUUUAAGGUAGGAUUCUUCUCAUAUUUCUUGUAUUUAAAAAUUAAUGAAAUUUUCACAGAAUCAAGAAGAUAAUAUUACUAAGUGAUGGUAUCAGUGAAAUUAAUUUUGACCGUAUCAUAUUAGAGACAAGGUCAGGUCAAGGUCAAUAAACUUACAUUUGAAAAGUUCUUCAUGUCUUUGAUUGGUAAAAAUUAUAACUAAAUUUAUUGUUCUAUAACAAAAAUUAAGAUGCAGAAAAGAAGAUAUUUCCAUACGCCACCAUUUCGCCAAAAAUAUAGUCCCUGCUAGUUUUCAAACACGGUUUACCAUUUCUAUUCAAAGUUGUACAGUUGUGACGAGGAAAGAAAAAUAUGGUCUUUUAAAUCUCUUGCACCUAAAUCUAUAAGACAUAUAAGCAAAUGUACUUUGAAUAUUUCAUCUAUUCAGAAACCAGAGAAGAAUCCUACUUAUAAGCAGAAUUUUUAGCGAGGAUAUAAUUUUGGCAUUAUUAGAGAGGGUGCUGAGAUUGCUAAAAUUGCAUAUCCCUAAAAAAUUAAAUUAAUUGCGAUUUAUUUGUAGUGUGUUCUUAAGGGAGCAUUUUAGAAUUGCUAAAAAUACAUCUCACUAAAAAAUGAAAUACCUGUUUUUUUUUUUAGGACAGAUGCUUAAUUUGCUUCUCUCUAAAAUUUCCAAUUAUACGGUAUAUUGAUAUAGUACAUGUAUACUAGUAUGUAAACACUGUAAUCUUUUUUUGCCUGUUUUGUGACAAAAAUCAUGACAAUACUGUACUUCUUAUUAAUCACAAAAUCUGUGCCAUAAAUUGUAGUUUACCCUUCACAGAAACUGUACAAAAUUCUGUACUACAUGUACAUGUAUUUAGAAGAAAGGGUUCAACAUGAUACUCGUAUACUUUAGCACAUUAGUAGACAUUGGAUCCGUAUUCUAUUUAUUGGUUUUGAAUAAAUUCAAGUCCAAGUGGUACUUUCCCCAUGUUUCAAGUUCAAAUCUGUGCAGGUUCAUCACAUCAGAGUCUUUUGAUAAUAAUUCUUUAUAUUUGAACUUUUCUUAUAUUAAUCUGAGAAAAAAACAACAACAUUGAAAUAAUAUCUAGAAUGAAUGAGUAUUACCUUCCAUAAAUAAAAAAUUUUCUUUACAACAGAAUUCCGUUCAAACAUGUUUUUGUGUAAUGUUUUAAAAAAAAUAUAAUAAGUGUGACAGAGAAGCUCUGAGAAUCAUGUCAGACUAGUGAUAAAAAUGUUUUGAUGCUUGAGUCUUCAUCCACUUUUUGGCUCAUUUGAGACAAAGUUUAGAUGAGUUUCCCUCAUGAUGCAACUGAUACUCAAUAAUGAUGCCCAUUUUCACAAUUGAUAUGUAGAUUUUUCAUAAAAUUUGCUUUUCAGAUCAUCAAGUCUGUACUUAAAGAGGUUAUUUGAUGAAUACAUGACUUUGUAUAUUGUCUUUUUUCAAAAGAAAUGUUUGAUUGAAAAUACUGUGAUAAGUAAUUUUUUUGUGUUAUGUAUAUGUACAUUGCUGUGUAUUCCGUUUUUUAUUUAUUCUAAAUAAUGUUGUAACCUACAUGUAAGAUGCUAUUUUUGAAGUUUCACAGAUAAUAAUUAAAACACAUAUAGCAAUGAUUUA